AUGUCUUCAUCAUCUCCCUACACAUGUAUUACAUGUCAUGUUGCAUUUAUUAAUGGAGAAUUACAACGUUCACAUUACAAAACUGAUUGGCAUCGAUAUAAUCUGAAGCGUAAAGUAGCUGAUCUUGGUCCAAUUACUGCAAAUGAAUUUUCUGAAAAAGUUGAAUCUAUUCAACAACAACGUACAGACAAUACUGCUGGUGGAAAUAAUAGAACAGCUUUGACAUGUAAAGAUUGUAGUAAAGUGUUUACCUCAGAAAAUGGACUUUUAAAUCAUACGAAAUCUAAUAAGCACAUUGAUACUGUUGCUAAACAUGCUAAUCUUCCUCCGAAAAAUCCAAAUCAAUACCAGAAUUCUCCAAUAAAGAAAUCAAAAGAACCGCCCAAUAAAGAGGCUAUGGAAGAAGACGACGAUGACAACGAAGAAGAAGAAGACGAUGAUGAUAAUUGGAAUGAUAUGGAUGAUGGGGCUACAAUGACUAAUGCAUCAGCAUUAGAAGGUGAAGCUCAAAUACUUGGUACACCAUUAGGUCUUGAAGAAUGUCUUUUUUGUUCAUUAAAAUCAUCUUGUCUUGAAGAAAAUAUAAGUCAUAUGGCACAUGUGCAUAGUUUCUUCGUACCAGAUUUUGAAUACAUUAAAGAUUUAACAGGCUUAUUUGAAUAUCUAGAUGAAAAAGUUGGUAUAUUCCAUGUAUGCUUAUGGUGUAAUAAAAAAUCAUUUCAUGAUGUUCUAUCCGUUCAACGACAUAUGACUGAUAAAGGUCACUGUAAAAUACUUUUUGAUGAAAAUCCAAAUUCAGCAUGGGAAUAUGUGGAUUUUUAUGAUUAUUCAACGAGUCAUCCAGAUGCAAAUGAGAAAAAUCUCGAUGAAGAAAUAGAUGACAACUUUCUUGAUACUGCUGGCUAUGAAUUAGCGUUACCGUCUGGCAAAAAAGUUGGACAUCGAACACUUAUUCGAUACUAUCGUCAAUGUUUAACAAGUCGAAAUAAUGACAGAUCACUAGAACUUGUGAAUAAACUUAAAGAUAAAUAUCGAGCACUCGGAUGGUCUGGUCCAGGAACAACAGGAGAAGUUUUUCAACGAAAAGUUCGUGAUCUUAAAUAUUUGCAACAAUGGAAAAAUAAACAACAUAUGAAACUUGGUGUAAGAAAUAAUAUGCAUCAACAUCAUUACCGAGCACAAAUUAAUUUUUAA